UUUAUGAACGGAGCUAUGCAUGGACAUGGGUCACAUACUAAUGCCAUAAAUGGUAAUCUUGCUAAAAUGGAGGGAAUUACGUCGUUUGGCAACAAGUCACUGCCGCAUUUUUCAGGCGUUGCAGUUCAAGAAAGUCCUGCAAAAAAGUUACUCCAGUGUGGUAAUCUGACUGGAAAUGCUCGAAGAGUACGAGACUUGGCUGCAGACCUGUACAAUCUCAUACAAGAAUGGAAUGCUCAACAUUUGCUUGGAGUACAAAUACUGAACAUUAUAACGAGCAUGAAACUUCCAGUUCUGAUCGAAGGUGGAGCUGAAGGCAGUUCACAGAUAUAUCCAGAAGGGCUUCAGGAGCAGUGUGAGCAGCUGAAUGAAGUGGUACAGACAAUGAAUGAAAUAGUAGGACAGCUACGAGCAGUUACCCAACAGAUGUACAGUGUGGGGAAACUUGAGAAACUUCAAAAUAUCAAUAAAACACCUCUGUUCCUCACAUGGUCAUCAGACAGAUAUGGGCAAGUAAGUGAAGAGGUUUAUGAGGCUUACGCACUUGAACUUAGAGCAAAGAACAGAGUGAAGAAUAACAUAGCUCACUGCAGCACUAAAGCAGCUAUCAUGUAUCAUGUAGCUACCUGGGUUCACCAACCAUAUAUAGACACAAAUGUGGAUUUAUUGGUGGAGAGUCUCUUGCAUGAAACAGGGCACAGGUGUUAUCACUGAUACAAACCUGUGAAAAAAAGCAAACCAUAUGUACAAAUGUUGCUGUCAGCAAUGAGGUUGCAGGAACUUGAUAAAGUAAUUAAAAAUCAAGCAAGUUAUUGAAGUGUGUAAUUCAUUACACCAGCACCACAUGCAUGCCCUUACAGGAAGGACGGAUGUUGUCAGUGACCUCUCAAGAAGAUAUCUACAGUUACAUUUCAGUGUUCUGUUACCCUAAUUUAUAUUAAAUGUCAAGGAUAUAGAAAAAUUACAGACAUCUGGAUAGACUGGGAAACUGG